AUGGCAGGCCUCCAGAUGAGAUGGAGCUCUAUGCUCCUCGUCGUCUUUGUAGUCCUGGUAUGCAUGCCAGGCAAGGCUGCAGCUUUCGGAGCCGGCAACAUCCCCUCGAUCGCCCAGGUUGAGGGCCACAACUGGCGACAUGGAGACAUCGAGGACAUGCUCAAGACCCUCACCUUCCUCCACGGCAAGAAAUGGACCACCAUGAUGGUCUCCAGAGUCUACUUUGGCAACUGGCUCAGAGACUACUCCCAGGCCGUCGACGUCGGCAGUCUCAAGGGCGUCAACGCCGCCACCAUCCGCAUCCUCGUCUGGGUCCUCUCCUUCAUGGCCCACGGCUACGCCACCGACGAGUUCGAGGUCACCGAAGAACGCCUCGGCGUUUAUCGAGCCGAGGAACAUAUUGAUAACCCUUUGGGUUAUGCUGAUGGGGCUGACGCGCGCAAGUUUGACCCGAGACUGCGCGGGCCCGUGGAUCCGAGGGAGACGGAGAUCGACAUGCGGACCGGGAUGAAGAACUACAUCGCGAACGAGGAGGGCGGAUGGGCCACGAGCUCCGGAUACCUGCGCUUCAGCUUUGGGCGCAGCAUCCACUUUGGGCGGGUCUACACCCACGGUGCCUCCAGCAAGGGCAAGGAGGAGGAUCUGUGCGAGGCGCUGCGCUGCCUUGGCCAGGCGCUGCACACCAUGGAGGACUUCAGCGCCCACAGCAACUACUGCGAGCUGGCUCUGCGCGAGCUCGGGUUCCACGAGGUCUUCCCCCACUGCGGCACGCAGGCCGAGAUCAAUCUCCACGGGAAGAGGGUGUACCCGAUUGUCACCGGGACUUUUGGUGCCGUCGAUUUCCUGCACUCUGUUUUGGGCGAGGCGACCGACCACUUCACCCAGUCCGAGGUUGAUGAGGUCGACAUCGCGCUCAAGACCGCCGAGCAACAGAGGUCUGGCGGUGGUGGUGGUGGAGACGGCUCCCGUGGCUUCUUCGGCACCUCGCCGGGCGGUGGCGGCGAUUUCAUCUCGCUCGUCUCUCAGCUCCCUGGGAUCGGUGGUGGGUUUGCCUCCGAGGCGCGGGACCUCAAGGCCAUGUCCGAUGCCCAGGAGCAGGCCAACAGGUCGCAAGGAGUCAUGACCAGGGACAACCAGAACAUUGUGCCGGGCAUGAGCACCAGCUUUGACCCCGUGGAGACGGCGCGCAAGAUCUAUCCGAUCCUCCAGUUCCGCGACAAGAUCGUAAGGGCGAUCAACAACACGAUCUCCAAGAUCCCUGGUCUGGAGAAACUGCUCGAGCACAUCAGCGAGACGCUGACCGCCUUUGUUCUCGGCCUCCUUGCUCCCUUCAUCAGGCCCAUCAUCAACCAGGUCUCCAAGGUUCUCAAGGAUGGAUCCUCGGGCGUCAUCAACGCCAGCUCCAACUCUCAGCUCGAGCCGUGGAAGAACCCGCGCUGCAGCGACCCGACCCACUCGAUGCUGUCCAAGGACCACUUCACUAACGUCCUGAACUCGUGUGCCGGUCGCGUGUCUGUGACUAUCCUGCAAUAUGUCGUCCCUCGCAUUCUCUACGCCUGGGAGAACCCCGGCGUGCCCGUCGACGAGGUCGUCAACGACGUCCUGCGCGCCUUCCACCACCCGGCCAUCCGCGACGAGCGCAUCCAGAUCCAGCGCGACAUGUUCGAGACGGUCCGCAAGUGGUCCCAGGAGACCAAGCACCGCCACGAGCUCAACCGCCUCCUGUCCUCCGAGUCGGUCAAGAACGGCAAGAACCACAUCCUCUCGGGCCAGCAGGCCAACAAGUCCCACUCCCACGGUGGUGGCGGCGGCGGCGGCCACUCCCACGGCAGUGCCUGGCAGGACGCCAUCCUCGGCGGUGCCGGCCACGGCAAGGUCGCCGGGUCGCUCUGGUCGCAGAUCAAGACGCGGGAUCUCAACGCCAUGGGCGGUGGCGACAGCGGUGGCUUUGCUGGCCAGAGUGCUGGCGCUGGUGCUGGUGCCGGCGCUGGCGGCGGCAACGCUGCUACAAGCUACGAACAGCCACCUACGGGAGGCGCUGCCGAGGGGUACUACCAGUCGGCCUCCUCCUCCAACCGCCCGAGCUCGGGCUACAGCGCUCCCGCGCCGGCCCCCUACCCACCGCAGGGUGGCUAUGGCGGACCACCACCCCCACAGCAAGGAGGAUAUGGCCAGCCGUACCCCCAGCAAGGAGGCUACCCUCCCCAGGGCCCUCCUCCUCCCGGUCAAUGGGGCCAGCAACCUCCACCACCACACGGCGGCUACGGAGGUCAGCCGUACCCGCCGCAGGGUUACCAGCAGCCGCCGCCGAACCAGGGCUGGGGUCAGUAUCCCGGACAACAAGGGCGGUACUAG